AUGACGUUGAUCGAUGAUUUAAUUGAAGAAAUCUGGAUGAUUGUUGAAGAUAAUUCUACACAAGAUAGUGAAGGUGGCUACAAAGAUACAUCUGAUGAAAAUGAAAGUGAUAAUCAAUCAGGUAGGGAAUCUGAAUCAAGUGACGAGUAUGUGAACAAUAGAAUUUUAUAUUCACCUGGUGGAUCUUCUAAGUUGUGGAAACCUACUGUCGCGAAAGAAAUUAUGCCUGAUGAGCAUGUUACAUUCGAAUCACUAACACAUGCAAUAAAUGUGUAUAGAAAAUAUGCAGAACAUGCUGGGUUUGAUGUUCGGUUGAACACAACUACAAGGUUUCGGCAUGACAAAUCGAUAAAGAUAAAGUACGUUGUUUGCAAUCAUGCUGGGAAAAUACCAGAUAGAAGCCUCGACACAAUGGAUACAAAUAAUGGUGGAAGAAAACAUAGGAAUUCAAACUUUAUUGUAAUGGAUUGUAAAGCAUUGAUAAAGUUUGAACGAGUUGGUGUUGGAAGAAGUGAGUUUCAAAUUAGAGAGUUUCAAGAGCUGCACAACCACCCUCUUUAUACAACAGAAGAGCGUACACAUUCAAAAAAAGCUAGAAAAUCAAAUAGUGCAGACAAGGAGUUUAUUAUACGCGCAGCAACAGCAAAUGUCGGUGCAACAAAGGCACAUAAACUUCGAGCUGCGUUAAAAGAUAGCGUGUUAAAUGCUAUGUUUUGGGCUGAUGAAAUAGAUAAGGUAUUCUACAAGGAGUUUGGAGAUGUUAUAUCUUUUGACGCUACAUUUAGAACAAAUAAGUAUGGAAUGGUAUUUGUCCCUUUUACAACUAUUGAUAAUCACAAAAGAUCCGUUACUGUUGGUGCUGGCCUACUUAGUAAUGAGAAAAUAGAGUCUUAUUGUUGGUUGCUUGAAGCAUUUUUAAAAGCUCAUGGAAAAGCACCAACGUUGGUGUUAACAGACCAUGAUCCAGCGAUUCUGCAGGCAGUUGAGGCUGUAUUCCCGAACGCCAAACAUAGACUACGCUUAUGGCAUAUAACGAAAAAACUACAGGCGAAGCGAUUGGAAAACAACGUAACACGCAACGUCGUCUUGAUAAUGAAACUAAGAGAACCAGAAAUUCGAAAGGAAAUAUACAAAGGAGCAUGGAAUUGUUCAAUUGAUAGUGUAGAAAAUAUUAAUGGGUGGCAGGUAGUAAUGAUUACACAUUUGGACAAAAGAAGACAUGUGAAGACAAAGUGUAAGGUGGAACUGAACUUGCCAGAAAAGGAAGUGAAAUGUACAUGCGACCUCUUCAAGCGAAUGGGCAUUUUGUGUCGACAUGUGUUUGUAGUGCUGAAGAAUAAUCACAUUGAGGAGAUACCUGAGCAAUAUAUUUUGCGUAGGUGGAGAAGGGAUAUUAUUUCUAGCCAUUUGUUGGUUAGUAAGAAUGGGCUUGCUGGAAUGAAGAUGACACUUUUAAAUUGUUAA